AUGGAGCGACCUGCUGCGCCAGGCACCCUUUUCUCAAUUCACUCCGUUUACGAAGACCCCUUCCUCCCCAACAAGUGGACCACGAAGUAUCCGGUCCAAGCGGGCGCUCCAGUCGAAGAUGCCGAGUCGGCACAGCAUGCUCUUGUUGCGCGGUACAGAAUCUCGAAAGACCCGAGCAAGACGCUGGACCUACAUUCAGUUGUUGUGCAGAGUCCGCUGCUGAAGGGGAUCCUAGCACGUGUUCUGGAGGGUUAUCCGAGCAUCACGACGGAGCUGGAGCGUCUCGAGUUCAAAGCCCCAUUUGAAUGUUUUGUGCACAGGUGGGACGCGCUGCGCGUGGAGCGCGAAGAACUCGUUACGCAAUUGGCAGAGGACGGCCCAUUCGAAGGGAGAGGAUACAAACAGGCUCUGAGAAGCUAUUUGGAUUUGCUCUACGUUACUCUGGAGCGCGAGCUGGGUUCUUUGCUUCGACAAAAGAAGGAUCUCAUCACCCAUGGGGUCAUGCAGUUCAAGCACAUCUGGACGCUAUUCGAACCGGGCUGCCUCAUUUACUACAAGGCAGCCGAGCAAGACCGCAUUUACAAGCUCAAAUCGUCGAAGCUCGCAAGCGUCGGCUCUAGGAAAGUCUUCCAGUUAGAGUGCCAAUACGUUGACUACGAUGGCACACAGUUCGGGUAUGGCCUGGAAACGCUCAAUAUCAACGACUUCCCAGGGACGAAGAAGAUCACCAAGUUCGAGGCCUACCCGCUGUGUUUCCAUGAGAAUGUGGAGGAGCUGAUGGAGAGGCUGGCGGAGCGCGGUCGACAAUUCGAAUUGUACAAAGGAAAUCAUUUCGUUGCCUACGACGGGAUCGCUUUCGGAAAAGCGCAUCGUGGCGAACAGAAGUUCAGCGUCAAGAGCCGCAUUGUCAUUGAUGCGCACGCGUACGCUCGCUACAAUCAAAGAGCCUCAAUUGAGUAUUUCGAGACUCCCGAAGUCACCCAAGAGACUGCAAGCUCCGGCAACGGCGAAGAGACGGACGAGGACUGCGUUAUGGUCGAUGAGAAUGCGACGCAGAAGAGGGCGCCCGCCGAAGUCGGCAAGAGGCCCGCUGUCAUUCCAGAGUCGAAAUUUGCCCUCACAACGGAGCAGCAUCUGAUGGCAGAUGCAAAAGUCAGGGGAUACUCGCUUCGAGACAAGAAGUGGUUCAGUUUCUUUAUCGACAACGUGAAGGACAUCGAGUGGAAUGGGGACGCAUUCAAGUCCCUCGUGGCUCCUCAAGAGCAAAAAGACCUCAUCUUGUCCUUCGCCGAAUCGCAAAUCAAGAACCGCGAGCAUUUCGAUGACUUCAUCCAAGGUAAAGGGAAAGGCAUCAUCAUGUUGCUCUCGGGUCCGCCUGGCGUGGGUAAGACGCUCACUGCUGAGAGUGUGGCAGAGACUAUGAAGGCGCCUUUGUACAGCAUUGGUGCUGCUGAUCUGGGUUCCAAACCUGCGCCACUGGAGAAGUCCCUUCACGAUAUCCUGGAAAUGUGCACGAAGUGGGGUGCCGUGCUCUUGCUUGACGAAGCAGACGUCUUUAUGGAAGCGCGCAGUACCGCCGACCUCGACCGCAACAAGCUCGUCGCGAUCUUCCUCCGCUUGCUUGAAUAUUUCGAGGGUAUUAUGUUCCUGACCACAAACCGCCUCGAGAACAUGGACGCAGCAUUCGAAUCACGCAUUCAUUUGACCCUCAACUACGCCGAGCUCGACAAGACAUCGCGUCGCCAUGUCUGGGCAACCUUCUUGGAGCGAUCAUCCCAGACGAAGCAUUCGAAUGUCGGGCACUUUGCGGACGCGGAACUGGAGAAGCUGUCUAAGGUGCCGCUGAAUGGACGCCAGAUCAAGAAUGUGCUUAAGACGGCACAGUUGCUGGCGAGCAAGUAUGACGAGUGCCUGGGCAUGGGGCAUCUGGAGACGGUGUUGAAGUUGAGGAAGGCGAAUGAGAGGCGCACGGCGAGCUUCUUUAGUGGAGAGUAA